AAUUCACUCAAUCAUUGCCCUCUCCUUCUGCUGUUUUCCUUGUUUUUGCUUCUAAUUCUCCUCCAGAUCUCUUAUCGUCUCAUGGUUUCUGGCGAUUUCGGCUGUGCUUGAACAUAUCCUGAAGUUAGGGUUUCAGCAGAGGCGAUAAUGGCGUGCACGAGCGGUGGAAAAUUGGAGGUGUCGCAGCAGUUCCCGGUGGGGCUGAGGGUUUUAGUAGUGGAUGAUGACGUCAUCUGCCUCCGCGUUGUGGAGCAAAUGCUUCGCAAGUGCUUGUAUAAUGUUACCAGUUGUUCGCAAGCGACAGUGGCUUUGAACUUAUUGAGGGAAAGGAAAGGAUCUUUUGAUGUUGUUCUGAGUGAUGUUCACAUGCCGGAUAUGGAUGGCUUCAAACUUCUUGAGCUAGUUGGACUGGAAAUGGGCCUUCCUGUGAUAAUGAUGUCCGCGGAUGGAAGAACUAAUCUGGUCAUGCGUGGAGUAAGGCACGGGGCUUGUGAUUACUUAAUUAAGCCUAUCAGGGACGAAGAGUUGAAGAAUAUUUGGCAGCAUGUUGUUAGGAAAAAACAGAAUGAUAUGAAAGAACAUGAUCAUUCGUGUAGCGUGGAAGACCAUGAUCGUCGAAAACGAGUGAUUGAUGAUACUGAAUAUGCUUCUUCUUUGAAUGAAGGGGCAGAUGCAGACGAGGUUAAUAAAAUGCAAAAGAAAAGGAGAGACUCUAAAGAUGAGGAUGAUGAAACGGAUAACGAUGACCCUAGCACGUCAAAGAAGGCUCGUGUGGUUUGGUCAGUAGAGCUCCAUCAGCAAUUCGUCACUGCUGUAAAUCAGCUCGGGAUUGAUAAGGCUGUACCCAAGAGAAUUCUUGAAUUGAUGAAUGUCCCUGGGUUGACAAGGGAGAAUGUUGCUAGUCAUUUGCAGAAAUUUAGACUAUACUUAAAGAGGUUGAGUAUGGUAGUUCAUCAACAGGUUGGCCUUUCUUCUUCUUAUUGUGGGCCAGUGGAGCAGAAUCUGAAACUAGCCUCACUUGGAAGGAUUGAGUUUCAAGCAUUGGCAGCUUCUGGCCAACUUCCUCCACCGACAUUAGCAGCGCUACAUGCUGAGCUUUCUCGACCCACAGGGAACUUAAUCUUGCCAGGGGUGGAUCAGAGAACUUUGCUGCAUGCAUCUCUUCAAGGGUCUAAAUGUGUUUCUGUGGAUCGGGUUGCUUAUGCCCAACCUCUGGAAAAAUGCUCGCCCAACAUUUCCAAACAAAGUUCUCAGCCUCUUACGUCCAAUGGCGACGUACACCCCGAAUUUGCAGCCUGGUCGUCGAAAAACCUUGGCGAUUUGGUACCAGCCUGUAACCUUGGCACUGUAACAGAAACGGACGGUUUGCUAACCUUUGUACAGCAACAGCAGAAGCAAUCUAUGAUGCCAGAGACAAGUCGUUCAAUCAAUGUGAACCCUUCUUGCUUAGUAGUUCCAUCUCAGUCUUCACCAAAUCAUCAAGCAGGAAAUAGCCCUGCUUCUGUCGAUCAAAAUUGCAGCUUUAGAAAUUCUGCAGUGGAUCAUAAUAACCCCUUGAUCUCGUCAGGUAUUGGACAAGUCUUGGAAGUGGAAUGUAAAGCAGUGAGUGCGCCUAGGGAUGCAGCUUCUGUUUCAUCUACAUCAUCUUACUCAAGAAAUAUACAAGAAAGUUCUUGUCAAAGAGUUUGGAACUCAGCCUCUACACUCAACGCUGUUGUGCAGCCUCCUACCAAGGCCUUUGUGCAAUGUUCUUACAAUGGUAAACUGCAUUUGGUGCAAGGAUCAGCAGGGAAUCCUGUAUACACAGGUAGAGGACUGUCCAUACCAAGCCGGUUUGCUGUCAAUGAACAGGAAUUGCAAAUGUGCAGCCUAAGUCAAGUGAGAUCUUAUGUUGAGAGCAGUAGCAGCAAAGUGAAGCAAGAGCCAAAUAUGGAUCUGAUGGGAAGUGUAAAAUUGGGGACUCCAGUAAAGCAGCUCUUUUCCCAAAAUGAUCUGAUGAGUGUUUUCUCUGACUAGGUAAACUUUCUGUUUGAAUUCAUUAUAGUAAUAUCUAUAAACCAUCUGUGUAGAUCUAUAACACACGUGAUUAUGUAGUGAAACUGUUGAAGUUUAGCUCUAAGCUUUUCGAGCUACCAUA